GUGCCCAGAGCACAGAGGGGACCCCUCUAUUAGGUGUUGGGGGGACGGGGCGGGGGGGGGGGGAUAAACUCAGGUUGCGGCCGCCAGGGCUGAAGAACCCUCCCCCUGCUCGUGUCUCCGGAUCCUCCCACCACGACGGAGCGUCCCUGGGAGAGCCGCCCGGGCCCGGAGGGGGGAGCCGAGGGCUGGCCAGUGCCAGUCGGCGCCGAGGGCGCGUUCCGUUGCCGCGGCGGGUGGUACAGACUGGCAGACACGCGCUGGCAGCCCGUACCCCAAGAGGAGGAGGGGGCAACUGCUGGUGAUUGCCAGCGCUCUGCCUUGGGGGCCGCCCCCUCUCCUGCCCCCAGCCCCGCCUCCCGAACAGGGGCCGCUCUCUCCGCUCCCGGCCGAGCGACUGUCGAGCGCGCACUACCUGGGCGCAGGGGCAAAAGGAGGAGAGGUGGGAGGUACACAGGCUGCGAACCACUGCGCAGUGUCCCCAGCGCAGCGAGUGUGACCCUGGAGUGACCCUCAAAUGCGUGUGUUUAGUGUCCCCUUCCCCCCAGCAUGGCUGAGUCCGUGACUCGCUGCCCUGGUUUUCUCGUCUGUUCAGUGGGACUUCCGUGACUGUGUCUCAGUUUCUGCGUGGAUGUGUUUGUGUGGAGCAUGAAAAUCUUUGUGUCUGCUUCUUUGCGAGCCCUGGGGCGGGCGGCCCAUGGAGCCGGGGCGGCCGCGGCCCGCGCGGAUGAACGAGGUCAUCCUCCAGCAUUACAACUACACCGGCAAGCUCCGCGGUGCGCGCUACCAGCCUGGUGCGGGACUGCGUGCAGACGCCGUCGUGUGCCUGGCCGUGUGUGCGCUCAUCGUGUUGGAGAAUUUAGCCGUGCUGGUCGUGCUCGGACGCCACCCGCGCUUCCAUGCGCCCAUGUUCCUGCUUCUGGGAAGCCUCACGCUGUCCGACCUGCUGGCCGGCGCCGCCUAUGCCGCCAACAUCCUGCUGUCGGGGCCGCUCACGCUGCACCUGUCGCCCGCGCUCUGGUUCGCCCGUGAGGGCGGCGUCUUCGUGGCGCUCUCCGCGUCCGUGCUGAGCCUUUUGGCCAUUGCACUCGAGCGCCUCCUCACCAUGGAGCGUCGGGGACCCGCGCCCGCCGCCCGCCGGGGGCGCACGUUGGCGCUGGCGGCCGCCGCCUGGGGCUUGUCGCUGCUCCUCGGACUACUGCCAGCGCUCGGCUGGAAUUGUCUGGGCCGUCUGGAGGCCUGCUCCACGGUCCUGCCGCUCUACGCCAAGGCCUACGUGCUCUUCUGCGUGCUCGCCUUUCUAGGCAUUCUGGCUGCCAUCUGCGCGCUCUACGCGCGGAUAUACUGCCAGGUUCGCUCCAAGGCGCGGCGCCUACGGGCGCACCCCAGGACUGGCGAGGGCGCCUCGAUGCGCGCGCGCCACACGUCGCGCUCCUUGGCGCUGUUGCGCACGCUCAGCGUGGUGCUCCUGGCCUUCGUGGCUUGUUGGGGCCCUCUCUUCCUGCUGCUGUUGCUGGACGUGGCGUGCCCGGCGCGCGCCUGCCCUGUACUCCUGCAAGCGGACCCCUUCCUGGGCCUGGCCAUGGCCAACUCGCUCCUGAACCCCAUCAUCUACACGUUCACCAACCGCGACCUGCGUCACGCGCUCCUGCGCCUCGUCUGCUGCAACCGGGGCCCCUGCUGCCGAGACCCAGGUGCCUCCCGGCGGCCUGGGAGCGCCCCUGGGGCUUCGGGCGAUCUGCACCGCUGGCUGCCUCCCGGCCUGAAUGGCAGCUCCAGCCGCUCUGAGCGCUCCUCGCCCCAGCGGGACGGGUUAGAGACCAGCGGUUCCACCGCCUGCCCUGGUGCACCCACGGUCGCCGGGACCCUGGUAACCCCGCCAGCUACAGACUGACGGCCUUUGACCGCCAUUGCCCUUCCUAAGAGCUCUUUUGCAGACUUUUUAAAUACAGGAAUUUAUAGGAAAAAGCAGCCAAAGAUGAAGAUGGUGGAAGCAGAAAAGACCUAGGAAAAUAUAUUUUAUUGACGCUAAACUCCACAGCAAUGAAGAAAACAGACAAAAAUCCCUGCUUUUGUGGAAUUGAUGUUCUUGUGUCGGACUCAGAGAUGAUAACGGAGUGAAGAAGUGUGGAGAUGAUUCCGGUGACAAUACAGUGAUGCGAUGGUGGUCAGGUGAUGCCUUUUUGAAGAGGUGGUGACAUGUGAUGUGAGCUGAGGUGAUUAUUAUCCUGGGAACUUUUAUUUUUGGCAUGUGGGAUCUUAGUUCCCUAAUCUGGAAUGAACCUACAACCCCUGCAGUGGAAGCAGGGAGUCCUUAUUAUGAACUGCUAGGUAAUUCCCUGUCCUGGGAACUUCUGAAGGAAGAGCAUUUCAGAAUGGGGGAACAGCAGGUGCAAAGGUCCUAAGGCUAGAAUAUGCCUGUGUGUUCUCCCAAAAGCAAAGAUCUUAGUGCCAUUGGAGCAAGGAUGGAGAGGCAGAGAAGAAACAAAGACAGGAAAAUAAUGGGGCAGGUGGGGCAAAGCCUUAUGGACCCAGGGGAGAAACUUCUUUUGCUCUGAGUGAAGUAGUACUCCUGGAAGGUUCUAGGCAGAGGAAGGACUUAAUCAGGCUCAGGUAUUUACACCUGCCUCUGCUCUCUGUGAAGCCAGGAGAACUGGGUGAUGGUAACUGCCUAGGGGAGUGAUGACAAGGACUGGGAUGGUAUAGAUUCUCCACAGACUUGGGAGGCAUUGGACAGAAUUAUUGAGGAAUUGUGUGUGGGGGAGAAACGAGUCAAGGACAGGUGUUCACUUUUAGAAGAGAGGCCAAAGACGGAGCACCCCAAAACUUGACUCUAGGAGACUCAGCCUGUUCCUCUGUGAAACAAGAUUUUUUUGAAAGUAGUAUCAGAUCCUUCAUAAAAGAAUAAAAAUAUAAUUGAAUAAUAA